UUCAAGCCAAAACGCGAUGAGGCUGCUCCUAUUCCGAUCUGUAUCAAGAUUGUGGACUUCUCGCUUCUGCUUUGGACCCCAACUGGCAUAUCCAAUAUUUCGAGCUUCUUUGGUAUUUCGAUUUUCGUCGACUCCUUUACUGCAAAUCGCUCUAGAUUGACUUUUGCAAGGGUAUGUGUUCUUAUCUCCAAAGACUCUACUUUACCUGAUGAAAUUCCAAUUGAAAUUGAUGGUGAGGAUCUUGUUUUGAAAGUUUUAUACGACUGGAAACCGGAUAAAUGCGAGGGUUGUGGAUCUUUAAUUCAUCCUUUCUCCCUCUGUCCUAAAAAUCCUAACCCGCAACCUGUCCUUCCUCCCCAGCGCCCUAAAAAUCGUGGUCGGAGCUCCUCCAUACCUCAUUCUACCAUGCCUCACAGAUCUCCAUCCAUCCUGCCUCCGACUAAACCCACCAAUAAGGUUGUCAACACCGAGACUAACAGUUACCUGCUAUUCUCUCUGGAUAGCCUCUGCCUGACCCGUCCAACUCUGCUUAGUUGGAAUGUUAGGGGUUUUAAUAACCUGGACAAAGUGAGUUUUUGCAUGUCCUUGAUCAACUCUCAUGAUCUCAAGCUUUUAUGUAUUUUGGAAGCCAAAAUAUCAACAUCCUCUGUUGAUGAUCCGUGGUUCUUGCGUUCUCAUCAUCUCUUUGAGAACGAAAGUAGUUGCAAUAAUUUUAUGGAUUCUACACCUGGUAGGAUUUGGAUUAAAUGGGACAACUCGGCUUUCUCAUUUCAACAAAUUUUCACCUCUUCUCAAUUAAUCUAUGGUAUGCUUUCGGUGGGAUCUUUCCCACCUAUUUUUCUUUCUGUCAUAUAUGCAGCUAACUCUGUGGAGGACCAAAAAAUUCUUUGGGAUCAAUUAAUGAAUUCUUCCCCUACAUUGGAUCAACCUUGGGUUGUUAUGGGGGAUUUUAAUUACUGCCGUUAUGAGUCUGAAAAAGUGGGGGGCUCUAUUAUUACUAGCAGUAGAUUGGGUGAGCUCAACAGCAUGAUUUUUAAUUGUGGGGUGCAAGACAUUACCUCCAUAGGUCUCUUCUUCACUUGGUUCAAUCAACGGGUGGAUAACCCCAUCCACAUCAAACUCGAUAGAGUCCUAAUCAAUAAUGCUCUUCUGGAUUUCCUGCCUAAUGCCUAUUACACUGUUGAACCUCCUCUUGGUUCGAAUCACUCAUCGCUGAUUUUCAAAUAUACUCAUCACAAGCCGAUUUCUGCUCGUUUUAUGUUCAAAAACUUCUGGAUUAAUAUGGAUGGGUUUUGGGAUGAUGUUUUGACUGCCUUCUCUUCUAGGUCCCCUAGAAGUUCCAUGGCUUCUUUUUGCCACAGUUUACAUUGGCUCAAGAGAACGCUUAAAAAUAGGCAUUGGGCUUCUUCUUCCUAUCUUUCUAAUGCCUUAUUAGAAAUGAAAAGAAAACAACAUCAAUGUUUGAUUGACAUCCAAUCUCAUCCCUUGGAUUUGGAGCAUAAUCAUUAUCUGAAGAAAAUUAAUGAUGAUAUUGCUUCCUUGCAAGCUCAACGGACAUCUUGGAUUGCUCAAAGGGCUAAAGCCUCAUGGCUUACACAUGGGGAAGAUGACCUUAGUUUUCUUUUUGUUAAGAUUAGAAGCAGGAAUAACAAGAACAACAUUAAAGAGAUUACUACUUCUGAAGGGCAUUUUACCAAAUUUCAGGACAUUUCUAAUGCUAUUGUUAAACAUUUUGAGGGCUUGUUUAACACUACCCAUACAAAUCUUGUUUUGCCUUUGAAAAUCCCUCAUGGAAAUUUGGUUCCUACUCAUUUUAAAGACAUGUUGGUGGCUCCUUUAACUUUGGGGGAAGUGAAAACAGUGGUUUUUUAUGGGAAUGAGAACUCUUCUCCUGGCCCUGACGAGUUUACCUAUGCAUUUUAUAGGAAAUCUUGGCAUCUCCUUGGGCUGCAAAUCUUCAAUGUGGUAAACAAUUUUUUCACCACUAGUUCUCUCCCUAAAGGGGUUAAGGUGACGGCUAUUGCUUUAAUUCCUAAAAGCACCCAUGCUUUAAGCAUUAAUGAUUUUAGGCCUAUAUCUUUGCAAUGUGUUAUACAAAAUUAUGGUUAA